AUCAUGGGCGCUACUGGUAGUGGUAAAUCGACGUUCAUCAAUAAGGCUAGCGGGUCGAACCUUCCCGUUGGUCACGGCCUUGAGAGCUGCACUAGCGAAGUGCAAAUUUCACGGCCGUUUGUUGUUGACGGGCGUGUUGUGACCUUGAUCGAUACGCCUGGCUUUGAUGAUACGAUCCGAAGUGAUAGGGAUAUUUUGAUCAUGAUCACCGCAUAUCUCUCCAAGACCUACGAAUACGGCGCCAAGCUUGCUGGCGUCAUCUACAUGCACCGCAUCUCUGACUUCAGGAUGGGUGGCACGUCCAAGCGCAACUUCAAGGUUUUCCGGGAGCUUUGCGGAGAGCGCUCGCUCAAAAACGUUAUCAUCAUGACCAACAUGUGGUUACAGGUGACACGUGAGAUUGGCGAGGCUAGAGAGGCUGAACUUGCGAGUAUGGACAAAUUCUUUAAACCCGUACUUCAGAAGGGUGCUCGGUUGCUCCGUCACGAUGGCACCCUCGAGUCCGCACAUACCAUCCUUCGUUAUCUCAUCAACAACCAAGCUGCCCCGCUCCGCAUUCAGCAGGAAAUCGUCGACGAGCACAAGUCCAUCGAGAAGACCGCUGCGGGUGUUGAGCUCAGGCGCGCCCUCGACGAGCAAGCGGAUCAGCACAAAGAGGAGAUCUGUAAUCUGAGAGUAGAGAUGGAAGCCGCUAUGCACACCCUCGACGAGGAGACACGGAGAGAGCUUCAGGAAGAGCUCGAGAAGAAGCAGAAGGAAUGCUUGCGCAUCGAGC